UCACCCCACCUGACUCCUGAGGAAGCUGAUGUUGAUUGGCAGAUUCUCCUGAGCAAGGCGGGGCCUGUUGCCAUGGUGUCAGCACAACAGUCCAGCCUAAGGCUGCCUGCAGUGCAGAGCUCUUGGAUUUCAUGUACACAUUGGUCAUGGCAAUGAGCAAGAUGACAGACAUGACCAGACUCCACCAAGCUGUGGCCGUGGGGGACUACAGCACAGUGAAGCGGAUCCUAAGGAGAGGCCUCUGCAACCCCAAUCACAAGGACGCGGACUGGAACGACCGGACCCCACUUCACUGGGCUGCAAUCAGAGGGCACGUGGAGGUGCUGCGCCUCCUGCUGGAACACGGAGCCAGGCCCUGCCUGGUCACGGAUGUGGGUUGGACUCCAGCUCACUUCGCGGCUGAGUCGGGUCACCUGGGGGUCCUCAAGGUCCUUCAUGCCCUGCACGCUGCCAUCGAUGCCCCCGACUUCUUUGGGGACACACCCAAGAGGAUCGCCCAGAUCUACGGGCAGAGCGCCUGUGUGGCCUUCCUGGACAUGGCUGAGCCACAGUGUCACGCCCACCGCCUGGCUGGGCUCUCUCAGGAUGAGCGUGACCCCGACUGGGAAGCUGGGAAGUGCCGCCUGCAGCGUUCCCUUCAGUCUGCAGGACAAAGCACCAGCAGGAGGGGAAGAGGGCACUGGGGGACCCAGUUUGGUGACUCCCAGGAGUGGGGGCCUCUGCCAUCCAGGGACCCCCCUGUGGCCCACACCAGGAGUCAUAAGGCACCCUCUCUCACACAGGGGCCUCGUGGUGGUGGCCUUCUGCAGCCCAACAGUCACAGUUGAAGGCAUCUGUCCCUAGGGGAGCAGGGACUGGUGCCAGCUGUCACCUGUCUCUGUGUGUCUACAGCAAUGAGCACCUCCUGACCACCCCUGCUCUACUCUAAUGAUGGGACCAAAAUGGUUCUCCUAAGAGAGGCAGUGAUAAAAGCAAGACUUAAAAUUCUCCCACAUCUUCUGGUCAAUCAGUCCGUGAACACUUACCUGUUGUCACAUGGAUGAGGCCGGGACCUGGACAGCUGUGUCUCCUUCGUGGGGUGGGAGCCACAAGCCCACCCAGACACUGGGAUCCUGGACACCUCCACACAGGAGGAAGAGCUGGGCCGAGAACAGCUUGCAUCCCACACAACUAAUGAGAAGGAAUGGGAAGGACUGGAACCUGCGGCUAAGAGGCCACAGUUCAGACUGAUGGUGUAGCUCAGUGGCACAGGGCCUGCCCGGCAAGGGCAGGGUUCUGAGUUCAAUUCCCAGUACCAACAAACCAAAAGCAAAGAAGAGUCUGUAGUUUCAAUUAUACAUUUGGAAACAUUUAAAUGUAGAUCAGACAGUUCUAAUUAAAAAAUAUAGCAGCUAAGUUAAGGUGUAAAGUACACAAAAACACGCCAAACGUCUCUAUUAUAAUGCUUAAUUCUGAUUUGUUGAAA